GUGGACGGGUUCUUCACGCUGGUCUUUGGUCUCAGCAGCAUCAACACGCUGACAGUAAUCAGUAUCACCCGCUACAUCAAAGGCUGCCAUCCCAGCAGAGCGCGUCACAUCAGCAGGACGAGCAUCUCCGUCUGUCUGCUGCUCAUCUGGAUCACAGCCGGAUUCUGGUCUGCUGCACCGCUGCUGGGCUGGGGCAGCUACAAGGACCGAGGGUACGGGACGUGUGAGAUCGACUGGGCCAAAGCGAGCUACUCAGGCGCCUACAGGUCCUACAUCAUCUGCAUCUUCGUCUUCUGCUUCUUCGUGCCCGUGCUCGUCAUGCUCUUCUGCUACGUGUCCAUCAUCAAGACGGUGAAGCGAGGGAACGCCCUGUCCGCCGAGGGCGACCUCACCGACCGCCAGAGGAAGAUGGAGCGGGACGUCACCAUCGUCUCCAUCGUGAUCUGCACGGCCUUCAUCUUGGCGUGGUCGCCGUACGCCGUGGUGUCCAUGUGGUCCGCCUGCGGAUUCCACGUGCCCAACCUCACCAGCAUCUUCACGCGGCUCUUCGCCAAAUCCGCCAGCUUCUACAACCCGCUCAUCUACUUUGGCCUCAGCUCCAAGUUCCGCAAAGACGUGGCGGUGCUGCUGCCGUGCACACGCGACACCAAGGACUCCGUCAAGCUCAAGCGUUUCAAGCCCAAGGCCGAAGCCCGCCCCAAAGUCCCUCCCACCCGUGCAGAGAAGAAGUACUCGCCCGGCCCCCAGCCUGACCCCGCCCCUGAGAGCCCGCCCAGCACGCCGCCGCCCGCCAACAAGGAAGUGUUCUACAUCGAUAUGCCCCGCCCUUCUGAGACCCGCCCCGAGUUCGAAUGUGACAGACUCUGA